UUUUCAGCUGAGCUCCCUAAAAAAAGAAGAGGCCUAGCAAAAAAUAUUCAACUAUCAAAGAUAAUACGGGCAAACAAGGGAAAGCCUGUAGAUUUGGAUUUCAAUAGGGAGCUGACAUAUUCCCCUGUCGGGAACCAUGGUAAUUGGUUUACCCGUGAGAUUGGGAAGUAUAUAUGGAUGAACAUCCCUUUGAACGUAUCUGGUUGGGAUAAUGGUUCCCCCGCUUUAAGGAAUGCCACAGUGGUUCAUUUAAAGAAUAAGUUUGAUUUAGAUAAAGUUAACUUGGAUCCCGAGCGUGCUCAGUUGUUGCAGAGCAUUGACGCGACCUUGCAAAGAAUUUAUAGAGGCUGAAAAAAAUAAAGCGCAUACUUAUUUUGAGAAUGUCGGGGGGCUUACAGAUAUCCCAAGGGCAUUAGCCAACCCCCCCCCCCCCCCCCCGAUGGUAUGUCACGUGAAAAUUGGGCGCAAGCAGUCGAGCAUUUUCAAACUCCUGAAUUUCUAAAGCGUUCGGCGUCAAACAAAGGAGUCCGUGCACAACAACAAGUUGUAAACCGAGGGGGAUCGUGCUCGUAUAGCAAUGCAUGUUUCAAAGAAGACAUCGCUCGAAUCGAAGCAUUUCGUAAGGCCAAUACUGAUCGCCAAGGGGUGUUUAGUAGUCCUGCAGUCGAGCAACAAUACAAUGCUUUACUCUUUGAGAUCAGUCAACAAACUCAAGCAUCUUCUGAAGCCAGCGGUCUAACACCAAAGGAUACACAAAAUUGUUUUGAAAAAAUAUUAGGUGUUCGACGUGGCCAUAUCAGAGGCAUCGGGCGUAAACCUUCUACGGUUGUGUCGAUGUACGAUCAGGAACAACCACUGACACAGCCACCACCACAAUCACAGUUGGAAAUGCUUCAAACAAUGUUAAAAGAUCUGGCAUGUAGUGCUGCACUUGAAGAUUGGUUUCGUUCGUUGCCACAACGAAAUGAAACCGGAGGAAACGAGGAGAGCGAUGAUGAUGAGUAGAUAGUUGUAGGAUUUUUUUAUGUUUUAUUUGUGCAAGUAUUUUAGACUAGUAUUUUCGAUAUUUUUUUUAUAUGUUAAAUCAGACGAGUAAUUUUAAACGGAUAUUGUAUUAAUAUUUUGGAAUGGAAUGAUGUAGGAUUAGAUUAAUUAAUAUCA